CCUGUGUCAAUAGACAUUUAGGAUCUCUUUGGUAAAGAGAGGUGGCUGUGCACAUAUUCGUGACUACAAAGUUCAGUUAUAAAGUUUUGUCAGUGUUCAUUUUUAAUUGUUACAGUUAUUCGUGUAGGUGUUUGUGUUUUGGCUUUGUCAUCACGAAAUGUGUCGCCAAUUUUCUAAUAAUUUGUGAUUUUGUGACAUAAUAAUGUUAAAGAUUAGUGCUCAUUACUCCAGUCGUACAUGCUUAAGAGUUAUUUUUAAUUAUUUUAAGUUAUUUUUGAGACUGAUGUAGUUUCAUUCAAUUUCCACGGAUUGGCGGAAUCAGUUCUCUGUCUGCAGUGUUUCCGGGGGGACAAAUUUCGUGCAGGACCUGGUCACACGCUGCUAUUGCCGCCGUCAGGCUUCUUUCGUUAAACAGGACCAUGCCGACUGACACCAAACGUGUUCGCGGGCCAGAGGUAUCCCAAAGUCCAUCUCUGUUUUUGUGCAAAGCUGCGGCCGCUCUCCCGUCGCGCGGCCCCAGACCGGACGGUCGGCAGCGGGAUCAAGUGGACGUCCGGCCCGUUUUUGUCCGGUGCGGGCUGGUUAGCCAGGCUAAAGGGUCCGCGUACAUCGAAGCUGGCAACACCAAGUUGAUGUGCUGCGUGUAUGGCCCCAAAGAGACCGAGCGGAAAGAUGAGACCGACAUGAAAUGUGGAAGAUUGACAACUGACAUGCGUUUCGCCCCGUUUUCCUGCCCGGAGAGGGGCUCCUGGAUCCAAGGGAGUCAGGACAAGGACUUCUCCCUAAUGCUACAGGAGAGCCUACAGCCAGCAGUGUGCCUCCACAAAUACCCCCGCUCUCAGAUUGAGGUCAAUGUGAUGGUUCUUGAGAACAGCGGUUCAGUUCUGGCCCAUGCAGUCACAUGCGCUUCUCUUGCUCUUGCAGAUGCAGGGAUUGAAAUGUAUGAUCUGGUGCUUGGUUGUUCCAUACGCCAGGAUGGCGCCUCUUACGUGGUUGAUCCUACUUACACAGAGCAAAACAGCUGCAGCUCAGUCAGCAGCGAGAACCAGGGAGGUCUGACUGUUGCUUUCCUCCCCAGCCUGAACCAGAUUUCUGGGCUGCAAUCAGAUGGAGAAAUGACUGAAGAGACUCUGACAGCCGGGGUUCGGACCUGCAUUGAGGGAUGCUAUAAACUGUACCCAGUCGUCCAACAAGCUCUCACCAAAGCUGUGCGCAGGGCUGCUCUCCCGCCACCAGAGAGCUGAGAGACUCAUUAACCAGUAGCUGCCUUAUUCGUAGUUUUUCUAAUUUACAAUAUCAGCAAAAGGGCUCCAACACAGUAGGGCUGUUGCUCUGUCAUUAGGUUGGCAGAGCCAUGUGGCUGUGUCCUGAAGCAUUGCGAUUGUGUUUUCACCUGAACUCAGUUCCUGUGUCACCCUAUCUAAGUUUUUAUUUAAAGCUUUUAUGAGUUUCUGCUGAAAAUACUCUAAAUAAAAGUGUCCCAGUCUUAAACUAUGUGUGAAAUUAAAUAUUCUUGUAUUAUAUUUUUAAGACAUUGCUUUGUCAGUCAGUUCUAAAAUGUAACAAUUAAAUAAAACAUUUUUGUGUUCAGUA